GACCUUACAAAAAUCAGCGCAUUGUUUACUCAAUCAAUUUCCCGCUUCCAGAAAAAGGCUCAAUCAUCUCUUUUGCUUCCUCUCGUUCGUUAAUCCCUUUAACAUAAAUGCACAAUCUUUAGGGUUUAAUCUCCUCUUUUCGAUUUUCCCAGACCUUAAGAAGUUGAUGCAGUUGGGGUUUUGGGAGGUUUAUCUUUAGCUUUCACGCCACUUAAAGCACACCAAAAAAUGGCAGCUUCCACUUCCCUAUCGCUGUGUCCGUACAUAUUAUGUCGCAAGGCCGGUCCUAGAAAUCGUUACAUUUCUUGCUCCGUCGGCUCUCCUACUUCCAUAAGUACACGAAGAACUAAAGUGCCACGUAAAAGUUCAGGAAGAUUAGAUGGGGCUAGAAAAAGUAUGGAAGACUCUGUCCAACGCAAGAUGGAGCAGUUUUAUGAAGGAACAGCUGGGCCGCCACUUCGGGUCCUUCCGAUUGGUGGCUUGGGUGAAAUUGGGAUGAAUUGCAUGCUUGUUGGGCAUUAUGACCGCUAUAUUCUAAUUGAUGCUGGUGUUAUGUUUCCAGACUAUGAUGAACUUGGAGUCCAAAAGAUUAUACCAGAUACUACAUUUAUUAAGAAAUGGAGCCACAAAAUUGAAGCAGUUGUGAUUACACACGGCCAUGAAGAUCACAUUGGUGCGUUGCCUUGGGUUAUCCCAGCAUUGGAUCCCCAUACUCCCAUAUAUGCAUCAUCCUUUACAAUGGAGCUGAUUAAAAAGCGUUUGAAGGAGAACGGGAUUUUUGUUCCGUCUAGACUUAAAGUAUUUAAAAUUAGGAGGAGAUUUAAGGCUGGGCCAUUUGAAAUAGAGCCUCUCAGGGUGACCCAUUCUAUUCCUGAUUGUUGUGGACUAGUUCUUCGCUGUGCUGAUGGUACAAUUCUUCACACUGGGGAUUGGAAGAUUGAUGAAUCGCCAUUGGAUGGGAAAACUUUCGAUCGGCAAUUUUUAGAGGAACUCUCAAAGGAAGGAGUAACACUGAUGAUGAGUGACUCAACCAAUGUAUUGUCACCUGGAAGGACAAUUAGUGAAAGUGCAGUAGCGGAUGCAUUGUCGAGACAUAUUUCAGGUGCUAAAGGAAGAAUUAUUACUACCCAGUUUGCUUCAAACAUACACCGGCUUGGAAGCAUAAAGGCUGCUGCAGAUGUAACUGGUAGAAAGUUGGUAUUUAUUGGCAUGUCAUUGAGGACAUAUCUAGAUGCUGCUUGGAAGGAUGGAAAAGCUCCAAUUGAUCCAUCAACUCUGGUGAAAGCAGAAGAUAUUGAUGCCUAUGCUCCAAAGGAUUUGAUAAUCGUCACAACUGGAUCCCAAGCAGAGCCACGUGCUGCCUUGAAUCUUGCAUCAUAUGGAAGUAGUCAUUCCUUUAAACUGAACAAGGAAGAUGUGAUUCUGUAUUCAGCUAAGGUAAUCCCUGGUAAUGAAUCUCGGGUGAUGAAGAUGCUAAACCGCAUAUCAGAGAUUGGAUCAACUAUAGUGAUGGGUAAGAAUGAGGGGCUGCACACUUCUGGUCAUGGAUAUCGUGGAGAACUGGAGGAAGUACUUCAAAUUGUGAAGCCGCAACAUUUUUUACCUAUACAUGGAGAGCUUUUGUUUCUAAAGGAGCAUGAGCUACUUGGAAAAUCAACUGGCAUUCGGCACACCACUGUUAUAAAGAAUGGAGAGAUGCUUGGGGUUUCUCAUUUGAGGAAUAGAAGAGUUCUGUCUAAUGGUUUCAGUUCCCUUGGGAAGGAGAAUUUGCAGCUAAUGUACAGUGAUGGUGAUAAAGCAUUUGGCACAUCAACCGAACUUUGUGUUGAUGAGAGACUAAGAAUUGCGUCUGAUGGCAUUAUAGUGGUCAGCAUGGAAAUUUUACGCCCUCAAAAGAUAGAUGGCAUGGUUGAAAAUACCUUAAAAGGGAAGAUAAAAAUAACUACUCGCUGCUUAUGGUUAGACAAGGGGAAGCUUUUAGAUACACUCCAUAAAGCUGCUCAUGCGACAUUGUCAAGCUGUCCUGUGAAUUGUCCUCUAGCUCACAUGGAAAGAACUGUUUCAGAGGUAUUGAGGAAGACAGUAAGGAAGUAUAGUGGUAAAAGGCCUGAAGUCAUUGCCAUUGCAUUAGAGAACCCGGCUGGAGUUCUCUCUGAUGAGUUGAAUGAAAACCUAUCUGGCAAUUACAAUGCUGGUUUUGGGUUACCAACAUUGAGAAAAGUGGUAGAUGGGCAUCCAAGAAGGGGACCACCAAACAAGAUGAAAGUAGAAGAUGACGGCAUUUUGCAUUUAGAGAAUGCCUCGGAACAUAGUUUAUUAGAUGAUGAUGCUGAAGCUGAAAGGUUCUUACCCGUGGAAGACACCAGCACUUCAAUUCCCGACUAUACAGAAAGGCUUACACCCAAUACUGAUGAUUCUGAUGAAUUGGAGGAACAUGAGCCAGAAGUUAAGGGUGAUGGCACUGCAAGCAAUGGAGAUGACUCAGAAAUGACAGGCUCUCAACCAAAGUCGUCAAAGCCUAAGCGGAACAAAUGGAAACCUGAAGAGGUUAAGAAGCUAAUUAAAAUGCGGGGGGAUUUGCAUAGCAGAUUUCAAGUUGUGAAAGGGAGAAUGGCCCUCUGGGAAGAAAUAUCUACAAGUUUGUUGGAAGAUGGAAUUACUCGAAGCCCAGCGCAGUGUAAAUCUCUAUGGGCAUCUCUGGUUCAGAAAUAUGAGGAAAGCAAGAAUGAGAAGAGAAGUCAUAAAAGCUGGCCCUAUUUUGAGGACAUGAAUAAAGUUUUAUCUGAUUUUGAGGCAACAGCCACAACAUGACUCAAACUUUGGAGGGGAGAUGCUAAACAUAUGAACUAUUCAAAUAUAGCCUGAACCAAGACAAGAGUCAUAAUAAACAGGGACAAUUGUUGUAACCAUGGAAUUCAAGGGUGAAGUUGGAGGAACGGGAAACCGGGAAACGAGGAAAGAGGCUUGUUUUGAGGUCAGUAAAGUGUUCGAGUAUAAAUGUACAAAUGAUAAAAAUGGGUCAAAUCAGAAAGGCCAUUAAUGGCAAUAAUCUUGUAGCAAUAGACUUCCUGUCAGAUUUUCUAUUUUAUAUAGGCCCUAGCCCAUAAGGGAAUAACAACGGUGGAAUUUACUCUCUUUUUUUCUCUUUUGAAUUCAACAACGGUGGAAUUUACUCCCC